GCCGCUCAGAGGCGGCGAGCUGCGCGGGGCUGCGGAGCGCGUCGGGCGCAGCCGGGCGAGCGGGGGCCGCGGAGGUGACAGCCCAGCGCGCCCCCUCCCUUCCCGGCCGGCCGCUGGCACAGCGGGCCGGGGGGCAGCCGGCGCCGGCGGUUCCGCGGAUGCCGCCGCCACUCCCCGGCUGACUCGGCCGCGGGCGGGCUCCUCGCUCCGGGUCUCCGCCGCGGCGCUCCCGGGCGCUCUCCCUAGCCUCCGGCCGGCGAGGGGGCCGCCGCAGCCGCGGCCAGCGGGACCGAGCGGGGCGGCCGCCUGAGCCUAGCCGGUCGCCUCGGCGCGGGAUCGGGGCCCCGGGGGCGGCUUUGGAGACGACCGCGGGCCACCCAGCGGGAAGAGGCGAGAGGGGGUCGUCGGCGCCGCCUCCGCCCGUGUCCAAGGAUCAUGGAAGCGCCCGGCGUGUCUUCCCGGGGUCUGUGGAUCUCCCUCCUGGCGCCCCUGCUGUUUUCCAGCUGCCCAGCUGUUGGAGGACAGAACACGGAGAUAACGCAACACCCAGAAUCCGUGUCGGUGAGAGCUGGAGAGACCCUCACUCUAACCUGUACCCUCGUUCUAACUGGGGCGAAUCUGCCAGGAGGAGUGCGGUGGUACAAAGACCUGGACAGAAGCCAACCCGUUUACAGUGAUCGAGAAGGAUCUUCCUCCCGGGGGGAGAGGGUUGUCCCAGCAUCAAACACAGACUUCAGCAUCAACAUCCGAAACAUCCUCCCUGAAGAUGCCGGGACCUAUUACUGCGUGAAGCUCAGGGCAGGGAAACCAGAGACAGAACUGGCUAAGGGAAAAGGCACUGUGGUCUCUGUGACCGCCAGUCCAUCCCAGCCUUCGCUUCGUGGCCCCCCGGGAAGAAUCACGGCAGGGUCUCGGGCCUCUUUCAACUGCUCCGCAGAGGGAUUCUCCCCCCGAGAGAUCACAGUCCUCUGGUUAAAGGAUGGGAGAGAAGUAGGGGAUGCCCAGACCAAGAUUCUGGAUUCUGGUGGAAGGCAGAGCAUCUCCUACCGAGUGGAGAGCACCGUGGAGGUGCUGCUCGGGCGCAGAGACGUGAAGUCACAGCUGACCUGCCGGAUCAAGCACAGCUCCUUGGAGGCGCCUCUCCAGCAGGACUUUCUGCUUGGUGCCAUCCUGAGAGUUCCCCCCAAAGUGAGCCUUGUCAUCAGCCCACCUUCCCCCGUCUGGCUGAACGCCACCGUGAAUGUCACUUGCAGCAUGGAAGACUUUUACCCAGGUGAUGCAAACUUGGAGUUGUUUACCAAGGAUGCCCCAAGCAGAAGAGCAAAGACUGGGCCGAGGAUCCUGAAUUCCAACGGGACAUUUUCCCUCAGGAGCUCCCUGGAGGUGAUGGCCACCGAAGACAGGAACUCAUCAAUGUUCAUUUGCCUGGCUGAGCAUAAUUCCCAGCCUGUGGUCAAUAAAAUGACGACUCUGUUCAUUACAAUGCAACUUGAAGACAACAAAGGUUUGGAAGGUGAUCCAGCAAGUAAGUAUAAUAAAAGAACCAUUUUAAUCAUUGCUGUGGUGAUUUGUGCACUCCUGGUUAUGCUGGUGAUUGCGGUUAUCUACCUCAUCCAAGCAAGACACCGCAAAGGUAAAGACUCCACGUCUGUAAGGCUUCAUGAAUCUGAGAAGUCUCCUGGAUCGAUGAAUCAGGACCCCGAUCCCAACAACGUCGCCUAUGCAGACUUAAACUUUGACAAGGACGUCCAGAAGAGACCCCGCCCAGUGGCCGAAAGCGCCCCGUCGGAAUACGCCACCCUCCAGGCUGUGCAGCCCGCGCCCAACAAUGAGAAUGUCACCUAUGCAGACUUGGACAUGGUGCAGCUGAGCAAAGCGCCCAAGCGGCCUGCCCCAAAGGCCGAGGAAGCGAGCUCCGAGUACGCCAGUGUCCAGAUACAGAAGAAGUGACCUUCGGUGAGAGGCAGCGGCUGCUUGGGGCUCGAUGGGCCUUCUGACCGGUUUGUCGGGGAUCUCCUGGCAGGGCUUGGGUGCCAGAUCUUGUGCCCAAGCUAGGUCCUGACAGGGGUGCCAUGGGGUUGGCCUUCCGCCAUGCAACUCCUUGGAAACUUGAUUGGUGCUACCCGCAGUUGCAUCCUUUUUUGAGCUCGCCCAUGAUGCUUCUUCCUUCCCUGCUUGUCAAGCGGAUGGGAGAUGUCUAGAUCAGAUAAGGAUCUAACACAGCUUUUCUCACUGGACACCGUAACUCUUUCCUCUUAAUUCAUCAACACCCCACCGAGAAUAAGCAGAGCACGCGAGGCGUGGGGGUUCAGGCAGGUGGACUGCUGUGUCUGGCUCUCCCUGAUGAAGCUCUUCUCAUUGUCCUUGGAGGCCACCAAGACUUCUGAGAUGCCACCUUGAGAUUCCUCCUUUCUGGAGCCAGGCUCCAUUGGUGGCCCCAGCUAGCCCAUAACACAGAAAUAACUUUUGGAUCGGGCACUGUCCUCAUCAAGGCUCUUGAGUAGACUUCAUGAGAAGUGGGGAGGAAGAAGGCCUACUUUCCCAAGUGCUCUUGGGCACAGGAAGCCUCCUUUCUUGGCCAAGAUUGUGUCUCUCUCAUUUUGCUUUACUAUAACCUGCAGAUACUUCCUCGGUUGUCCCUUGACAAUAUGUGCCUCUUUAGGAUAGUGCAACUCAGCCAGUUUUGGCUUUCACUGAGCCCCAGGGCUUUUGCUGGCAAGGCCAAAUCUAUAGAAAACCUUCUAAUGUGUCAAUCACCCUCUUUUUUUAAAAAGAUCAAUGUUUAAAUCAUUUCUUCCCUUAGUAUUUCUCAUUUUGGAAGGCCAUGGAGACAUGAAACAGCCGCUGUGAUCUACUUGGGGCUAGAAAAUUAGGAACCAAAUUGAUUAAUUGCUUGGGUUCCUGACCAAUCCAUUUUCUUUAUUGGCCUUCUCCCAUAUUAAGCUUACAGUAACUCUAACAGUAAAGAUGUGUGUGUGUGUGUGUGUGUGUGUGUGUGUAUUUCUGAAAGGUGGAUCUCCCUUCUCUUUCCACCAUCCUCAUGGAAAAGGAAG